AUGGCCGACAAGAUCCUAAUGACCGAGUUCAAGACUCUCUCCAAGGAACCCUGGACCAACAUCGAGGUAUGUCNNCUUAUCGAUGAGAACAUCUUCACCUGGCAUGUCGCCCUUAUGGUCAUCAACCCAGACUCGAUCUACGAUGGCGCCUACUUCAAAGCAAAAAUGACAUUCCCUCGCAACUACCCUUUCAGCCCUCCUGGUACCUUCCUCUGCCCUUUCACCCGCCCCAUGUUCCACCCGAAUGUCUACCCCGACGGCAAACUCUGUAUCUCCAUCCUGCACCCUCCUGGCGAAGACGAAAUGUCAGGCGAACUCGCUGCCGAACGCUGGUCUCCUGCUCAACGCGUCGAGUCCGUCCUCCUCAGUAUCCUGUCCCUCCUCGACGAUGCCGAACCCUCCUCACCUGCCAACGUCGAUGCUGGAGUCCUCCUUCGCAACAACAUCGAGGCAUACAAACAAAGAGCCCGUCAAGACGUCGAAGCUAGCAAGGCCGACAUCCCUGAAGGCUUUGUCGUGCCCACACAACACGCCACCUACAAGCCCGAAGUCGAGGACGCCGGGUUCAGCUGGAGCGACUCAGAAGUCGAGGACGACUUUGACAACGACAGCGACGCAGAGAUGACCUUCGACGAGGAUGAUGAGGACGAUGAGCAGGAGGUGGCCAGCGACAGCGAUGAUUGA